AUGAAUACACCCCGGGAACUGUAACCCAAAUGUUUCUCUGUCCGUGGAGAAGAUUUCAUUUUUGAAACAAGAUUUCUACGGAAGCUGGGAGUGUUCCAUCAUCAUGUUCUGGAAGUUUGAUUUGAACACAACAUCACAUGUGGACAAGCUGCUGGAUAAGGAGGAUGUGACACUGCACGAGCUGAUGGAUGAAGAUGACAUCCUACAGGAGUGCAAGGCACAGAACCGCAAACUGCUGGACUUCAUCUGCCAGCAGCACUGCAUGGAGGAGCUGGUUAGCCUCAUCACACAUGAGCCCCCCGUGGACAUGGACGAGAAGGUCCGCUUCAAAUAUCCGAAUACAGCCUGUGAACUCCUGACCUCUGAUGUGCCACAGAUCAACGACAAGCUAGGAGGAGAUGAAACUUUAUUGAACAUCCUGUAUGACUUCUUGCAUCACGAGCCGCCUUUGAACCCUUUGCUUGCCAGUUUCUUCAGCAAGACUAUUGGGAAUCUCAUUGCAAGAAAAACUGAACAGGUGAUUGCAUUUUUGAGAGAUAAAGAUCAAUUUAUUAGCCUGGUACUAAAGCAUAUUGAUACAUCUGCAAUGAUGGACCUGCUGCUUCGUCUGAUCAGCUGCGUGGAACCAGCACCUCUACGGCAGGAAGUAUUAAACUGGCUUAAUGAAGCAAAAGUAAUUCAGAGACUUGUGGAGCUGAUCCAUUCGAGCCAGGAUGAGGAUAGGCAAUCAAAUGCUUCCCAGACCUUGUGUGAUAUCAUAAGACUGAGCAGAGACCAGGGCAACCAGCUACAGGAGAUAUCUGAGCCUGACCCGCUUCUCACAGCACUGGAAUCGCAGGAAUGCGUGGAGCAGCUUUUGAAAAACAUGUUUGAUGGAGACCAGACUGAAAACUGCAUAGUGAAUGGAACUCAGAUUUUAUUAACGUUAUUGGAGACAAGGCGCUCUGGAGUGGAGGGACUGAUGGACUCAUUCUCUCAGGGAUUUGAAAGGUCUUACACUGUCAAUAGCAGCAUCUUACAUGGUAUUGAACCACGGUUAAAGGAUUUUCACCAGCUUCUACUCAAUCCCCCCAAGAAAAUGUCAAUCCUGACUACAAUUGGUGUCUUGGAGGAGCCAUUGGGGAAUGCUCGUCUUCAUGGAGCUCGACUAAUAGCUGCUCUGCUUCACACAAAUACUCCCAGUAUUAACUAUGAACUAUGCAGACUCAAUACCAUGGAUUUAUUACUUGACUUAUUUUUUAAAUACACAUGGAAUAACUUUUUGCACUUCCAAGUGGAACUGUGCAUAGCAGCUAUUCUCUCGCACUCAGUGCACGAAGGGAAAUCAGCAACAAAUGAUCUGGAAAAUAAAGAGGAGGUGCUGAAUGGGAAUGUGACCACAGAGGACUUGAAGACUCCCGACCACAGUCCAGAGAAUAUUAUGGUGACACAUCUGUUCCAGAAGUGCUGCCUGUUGCAAAGGAUAUUGGAUGCCUGGGAAGUCAAUGACAAAAUACAGGCAGAAGGUGGAAUGAGGCGAGGGAAUAUGGGCCACCUUACCCGAAUAGCCAAUGCUGUGGUACAGAAUAUGGAGAAGGGCCCCAUGCAGACCCAGAUCAGUGAAUUCAUUAAAGAGCUACCUGAGGAUUGCAGAGGGAGGUGGGAGAGCUUUGUAGAAGAGACGCUGAGAGAGACAAACCGGAAGAAUACAGUGGAUUUGGUGAGCACCCACCAUCUGCAUUCUUCCAGUGAGGACGAGGACAUCGAGAGCGCUUUCCCCAAUGAACUCUCCCUCCAACAGGCAUUCUCAGAGUACCAAAUCCAACAGAUGACAGCCAACUUUGUGGAUCAGUUUGGCUUCAAUGACGAAGAGUUUGCAGACCAGGAUGACAAUAUCAAUGCACCUUUUGACAGGAUUGCAGAGAUAAACUUCAACAUAGAUGCGGAUGAUGACAGUCCAAAUGCAUCCCUCUUUGAGGCCUGCUGCAAUGAACGGAUCCAACAGUUUGACGAUAAAGAGGAGGAGGAAGAUAUCUGGGAGGAGAAGGAAAUAACCUAUGCAACCCAAGUCAAAUCAAGAACACGGUUUGGAGUGUCUCAGACCUCAGAGAGCUCCUCAAAAAGUGAUCUAGAGAAUGGGGAUCGUGAUGGCAGUGUGGACUCAGAAGAAGAGGAGGAAACAGAAGAACAAACAACACCUCUCACCGAGAACACCAACAAGAAUAAUCCUUCUGAGCAGAAAGACUCUGACUCUACUGAAGGAUCUGGGUGGACAGCUGUGUUUGAGUCUGUGAAUUCAAAACCCCCGGCACCCUGUGUGGCCAUGGAUGUUGGAUCAAGUGUAUGGGAUUCAGCAGCACCAGAGACAGCCACACCUGAGGAGAAAGGAUGGGCAAAAUUUACAGACUUUCAACCUUUUUGUUGCUCAGAAUCAGGUCCCAGAUGUAGUUCUCCUGUGGAUACAGAAAGCAGUGACUCAGAGGGAAACCCCAAGCAGGGUCAGGACAAGAACUUCAGCGCUGCCUCACCCUGUGUUUGGAAUGUCUGUGUGGCAAGGAAGGCACCUCUGGUGGCUUCAGACAGCAGCUCAUCUGGAGGCUCAGACAGUGAGGAAGAGGAGGAUAAAGCUGAUAUCGUCACAGAAACCAUCAGUACAGGCUCGGGCCAGGAAACCAUCAAACUCACCAUGGAUGCUAAGAACGAGAAGGCUGUGUUCACCAGAAUAUUUAGACCUUCAGUCAGAGGUGAUGCAGACUGCCUGGUUAUUGACAAGCUGACCAUCACCGACAUGGGAACGACAAAGGUGUCCAAACCACUAAACAGCAUGCCCCAGCAUUCUGAGGAGCUCCAGAACGCUGCAGCUGUCGGCAUGGCUGCCACAGAGAGCACAACAAAAGACAGGAAAGAGGAGGUCUUGCCAUGUGCGGAAGCCACAUUAAAUGGCCCUGCUUGAUGAAGCAAAUGCAAUGGGACAUGUCUGAUCCAGGCCAGGCUGCUACCUGGUGAUGCAAUUUGUCAGUUUUUUUCAUUUUAAUUUUAUUUUUUAAUAAAUGCUGCAUUGAUGAGCGAGCUGGCAUUCAGGACCAGACACACGAUUUCAACACCAACAAUCUGUUCCGGAAGACACUUGUAUUGUCUAAAUGUAGCAUUGAUCAGUUAGUCAUCACAGGAGUGACUCGGCCCUACCCAAGGAAGCCUUCUGCCUAAUUUUAGUACCUUGUCCCCCUCCCUCUUCUUCCCUUGUUUUUGUUUUCUAUUCGGGGUUCAAUCCUAUUUUCUUAGUGUUAUUGCACACAGUAUUCAGCGUCUCUUCAGAAGGGUAGCAGGUCUAACGCUGGGACUUGGACGGUGCACAAUAAGUCCUGCAGUCGUGUGACCAAAGUUCCUGAUGGAGCUGUCUUUGGGCAGCAUUUGCACCGCUUUUGUAUAGCAAUAAAGCCUUAUCAGAAACAUUUCAUAGGAGGUAAAGAU